UCUAUGUAAGAGCUGUAUGUGCCCAAUUAUUCCCAUCGAAUAACAAUGUUGCCUUCAGGGCUUUCUCUUCCUCCUUGCAAGUAGAUUAGGCUGCAGACUUUUAAGCAUUUGAGGACAUUACCCAUCAGCCCCCUGGAUUAUGUUAUCAGCAGAAAACAGAUGGAGCAUAUCGGAACAAUGUCAUUCCUCACCUGUUGCUCACAUACAGUACAGUAUUAAAGCCCAUUGAAGUGAAUUGCUUAGAAACGGGAAAGGAUAAGUUUGGUAUCAAGUUAAAAAGACAUCACCUACUGUUAUUAUCAAACUCGGCACACUGUGCAACAGACUCUGAGUUUAACAUUUGACUUGAAAAAAAAAAAAAAAAAAAAGGCUAAAUCUUCUAUAACAGGAACAAGUAUUAUGCUGGUCACCCUCCCCAGGAGAACAUGGAAGAGGUCAGAAUCUUUGAAGUACGCCAGACCAGCGCUCCAGACAGGCCACUGCCAACUGAUGUGGGUACUGGGAUUGCAGGUUCUUCUUCUGCAAGCCGCCCUCUAAGGCGCCCAUCACAGGGCUAUGUAAACUUACCCAGGAGGCCAAGUAAGACGCGCCGUGUGGAUUUGGAAUCAGCGGAUCCAUCUUCCCCACCCAGGCGGCGCAUCUCCGCAGUCUUGUCCCAGCCACCACAGGCACUAUUGGGUAGUCCCCAAAGUGAUGAGCCCCGAUCACCUCAGUUAUCUGAACCAACCUUCAUGCCCGACGUUGACCAGCAGGAACCAGACCAACAGGCCACCUAUACACUGCACCUAACACCCGUUGUUCCGACCCAGGCAACCCAGCCGCAGGAUAUCCCCCAACCCUCCAUUAGUCCACAACUGCUCCAAGCUCCACCCCAGCAACAAAUGUCCUCGGACUUUUGGUCCAGUUUGGCAACCCAACAGAGCCAAAACACUGCCUGCCUGAACGCCCACACCCAACACCUUGCCAGUCUGCCCCAUCAUCUGCCGCGCAUUAGUAGGAACUCGGGCAGACUGAUUGUCCAAGUAGGCAGAAUUGCCACUUCUAUGGAGCAAAUCCGGACCGACAACACUCAAAUGCUGGCAAAUUUGACGCGCAUCAUUGAUGAGCAACAGCGCCAGCAGCAAGCACUCAUCCAACUGGUCCAACACAAUCAGGUGGUAAAUGAGUCAUUGUCGAGGAUUGUGGCCAGCCACACUGCAAGUAACAACCAACUGAAUGCCAGCAUCCACAAUUUAAGCCAAAGCAUCACUUUGAUGGCAGCACAACAAGUGAGCUCCAGCUCAGGAACCACGACCCCUAGCCAAACCCCAGUAACCUCCCCUGUUCGUCGAUCCUCCCGAGCACGUGCCAGCGAGCCAGCACAAAGCACGGCACCCAGCACACACAAGAAAAAAAAUAACACCAAAAUAUAAUUUUAGUAACACAAUAAAACUUUGAUUAUUGAAA